UCCGCGCCCGCCCAGCCUCUCCGGGCCGAGGCGGCCACUCCUCCCGGUCCCGGGGGCGGCGGCUCGGCCUCGCCCCCCGGGACCGGCGGCCCAGCCCCUCCGGCCUCCGUCCGCGCCAAAAAAGGCCCGGGCGGCGAUCGCUCCCCGCUCGGGUCGUCCCGGGCCGUCGGCCGGGAGGGGAUCCCAGCCCCCAGCCCCCAGCCGGCAGCCUCCUCCCACGCCUGGCUUCUCACUUCCGCCCGCAGGACCCCCGCCGCCCGGCUCCGGCUUUCGGGGAGGGUAGGAGGUGGCGGGCCUCGGCUGCGGGCCUCGGGAAGGCGCGUCCUCGCAGCCGCCCCCGCGCGCCGGGCGCCGCGACCCUGCAGCCCGCCGGAUCUGCGGCGAUGCUCCGGGCGCGCGGAAGGCGGGAUGAAGCCGGUUGCCUCUUCUUCCAAGGCGCCUUACCAGCGGGAAGGGAAAAGGAAAAUAAACGGGCGUGGGAGGAAGGGGAUGAAAUAAGUCGGGGUCCGGGAGUCAAAAAGACAUCACAUCUGGGAUCGCCAGUCCUGUCGAGUCCGGCAUCGUGUCCCGGGGGGCCGAGGCACACGGGCCGUCUCUGAGCGUGUAGGUGGCACCUCGAGCUGAUUCUUCGGAAUGGUCAUCGCGUAGGAGCCAUCUUGCAGGAAGAAGGGCCAGCCAGAUGGCAGCAGGUUCUGCAGGUCUCGGCGCACCGGGUGCCCCCGAUAGAAAAGGCUGGGAAGCAGAGGAGCUUGUAUUUGCUGCUGCGGCCUGUUCUCUUUAUGCUAUUAAAAGAAAGAAGUACAACUCAACUAAAUAAAGUUAGAUCACGUGGCUUCUUUUAAAUAUUUUCUAACAGCCAUUGCAUUCCCAAUUUCAGUUUGUUUGGACUAGCCAUCACGGAAUGUUACCUCUGGGCAAAAAGGAAACCUCUCUUCCCUCUUUCCUGUGAACAGAUGAAACAGUCAGAUUGCUUGCAGAAAGAAUAAAAGCAGAGGAAAGAAUCUACGUCUUCCAAAGGCUAAAGGACAGAGUAUUGAAAUGGCCUGGAAAGUGUUCAGCGUUAACAGCAUCAAGUCAAAUGUUCACCUGGGGUGCAACUGGGAAGAAACAAAAGAAAAAUCAACGUGCAGUCAAAGAGCCGCUUCAUUUUUCUAGAAAGUGACCCUUCACAGAGUUCCAAGGGAGCCUUCUCCCUUAGCAACAGCCCUGAAGUUCCAGAAACCAUUCUAAACCCUGAUGGUCAGCUUCAGCGUCUGUCUGGUCAUCAGACUUAUUGCCGAGUCUUCAUCCCAGGGAGAUGCAUGUGGUGGUCGUGGCAGCAGACGUGAUUUUGCUCUUAAGCAUGGGGUGGACCUCAGACUCUCUCUGCUCACCCACUGUGUUUUACAGAGACUGCUGGAUCCGACGCUUCCCAGGUCUCCUAGUUGACCUGGAGGAGUCUCAGAAGCUGGGGGCCCAGUUCUUGAAGUAUUAUUCCGAAAGCACUGGUCAGAAGUGCAGUCAGAGCUGCUGUCUUAGGAAGGAUGUUUCCUGUAACUUGGCUGUCUUCUUCCACGAUCCUAUUCAUGACGAUGUCAACUGCCUCCAUAUUCACUGCCCAACCCUGGAGAGCUGCAUAUUGGAGCCCGGAACCAGCGCCAUUUUAUACAACAUAACAGACGGUGUAGAUCCAGAUUUGCUGGUUUUUGAACAAUCACUGCCCACAUAUCUAAAUACCCGUUCUUCAUCUAACAUACGGGAGAGACUAAGGAUUCUAAAAGCUAUGUAUUUAGAUAAACAACAAAUGACCAUGAUAAACCAAAUGCUACCAUCAGUAGAGGCUCCAUCAUCAAUCACAUAUCAAGAUUUGUUUGCAACCACAAAUAAUACUAGGUAUUCCAAGGAAUUAACCACAGACUCUUGGGCAAGAUUCAUUUCUCUGAAUGACUCCAUUACCACAAACGUAAAUAUGGUGUCAGCCAGUACUGAGUUCAUCAACAAUCCAGAUAACAAGACUAUUUCUCCUUUCUUUGUGCCUAUAAACACAAAACUUUCUCAUAUGCCUAUUCCAUCUCAACUCAACAGUAGCAAACAAUUACUGAACAAAACCAAAGGGUACAACAGCAGAAACCGUACAUCUGAGAAUGAAGACACACCACCUGAUGGGGCACCUGUGACUUCCAAGACGUGGUUGGUUCCUGUGGCCCUCUGCACCUCUGUCAUCUUUCUCUGCUGUUGUGUAGUCAUCCUGGCAUCUGGAUGCUGUCGAAAGCACCAGGGCCAGUAUAAACUAGGACAGAGAAAGUCAGGAUCCAAGCAAAUUUAAAAAUGUGCCAUUCUGAAGGAGCGCUCUUAAUGGUAAAAGAUGUGAGCAUUGUAAGCUUUUAAGAGAAUCAUUUUUAGUUUUCUGUAAGACGAGGGCAGUUUGGUUAAAAACAAAUAAAUAAAAAGCACAGAUACCCAUUCUUA